UAAAUAUCCAUGAACACAUUCAUCUUUUUGCAUCCAAACUCAUAAACUCUAAAUCAUAAUUUCUCUCUUAAUUAAACUUCUAAAUCAUAAUUAAAGAUCAUAUCAUAAAAAAUAAUUAAUAAUGGGUGUAUACACAUUCACUAUAGUUGACGAAACCAGCUCAAUUGCACCAUCAAAGUUGUACGAUGCAUUGUGUAUUGACAAUCACAAUGUUGUCCCAAAAGUGGUGCCAAAUAUCAUCAAAAGUAUAGAUUUUGUUGAAGGUGUCUCUACUUCCGUUGGAUGCGUUAAACAAUAUAACUUUGCUGAAGGAAGUUCAUACAAAUAUACAAAAGACAAGAUUAACGAGGUUGAUGCAGAUAAUUACUAUCUUAAGUUUACGAAUUUUGAAGGUGAAACUCUUGGAGACGUGUUGGAAUAUAUUGUUUAUGAAGUCAAAGUUAAAUCAAGUGCAUGUGGAAGUCAUUUUAAAAUUUUGGCUCAUUUUCACACAAAAGGAGAUGUUGUUGUAACAGAGGGAGAUGCAAUAGUUAAAGGUAUCAUUCAAAGCUUUUUGAUGGUCUUCAAGGCUGUCGAGGAAUACCUCUGCAAAAACCCUUAAUGUUUAAGCUUAAGAAUAAUAUGUAUAUCAUUUUCAGUGUUUUUUCUUUGAAAAUGUCUUGGUUUUACAAGAUAGGGUGAUUAUAAUGCCUUGAUAAUAUUGCAAUAUAAUGAUGUGUAAAGUUAAUGUUUGCUUUAAAGUAAUAUUUUAUUUUUU